AAAUAAAAUCCGAAAAUAGUGGACGAACAGCGAGAACCGCCAUUUUAGAGCAGAACUCUCACCUCUCCACUCACUUUCUCUUUCUCUUGCGCUCGCACCAAACCCUAACCCUAAUUCUCUGCCUGUAUCAUCGAUUCGUGCGGACAUGGCGUCUCUGUCUUUGUCCGCUCCUUCUUACCAUGCCGAAUCGCUGGUUUCUCGCUACUCGCUCCGCCAGUCCAGCUUUCUCCCCAACGAGUCCCGUUAUCGUUUCCAAGUCGCAAGCGUCAUCAAAUGUGACAUGAAUGAAUCGUUGAAGUUUGAAAAUGGGAAGCCUUGUGUUCCUGUCCUUAAUGAUCGAACAUUUCCAAGCUUUUUGGAAUCAAGGCGCAUGGAGAAAUCAGUUAGUAGGAAUAGUGACCGGUUGAAAAUAUUCUCUGGCACAGCAAAUCCCACACUUUCUAAGGAAAUUGCUUGGUACAUGGGUAAGGAGCUGGGAAAGAUCAACAUAAAGAGGUUUGCUGAUGGUGAAAUUUAUGUUCAGUUGGAAGAGAGUGUUAGAGGGUGUGAUGUUUACCUAGUGCAGCCGACCUGCCCUCCCGCUAAUGAGAAUCUUAUGGAGCUUCUAAUAAUGAUAGAUGCUUGUCGAAGAGCAUCGGCGAAAACUGUCACAGCAGUAGUUCCGUAUUUUGGCUAUGCCAGAUCUGAUAGAAAGACUCAAGGGCGUGAAUCCAUUGCAGCUAAACUUGUUGCAAAUGUUAUCACCAAAGCAGGUGCGGACCGUGUUCUUGCUUGUGAUCUUCAUUCUGGGCAGUCCAUGGGUUACUUUGAUAUUCCUGUGGAUCACAUAUAUUGUCAGCCUGUGAUUCUUGAUUAUCUUGCCAGCAAGACAAUUUGUUGUAAUGAUUUGGUAGUGGUCUCACCUGAUGUUGGAGGAGUUGCAAGAGCACGUGCUUUUGCAAAGAAGUUGUCUGAUGCGCCUUUAGCCAUAGUGGAUAAAAGGCGUCAAGGACAUAAUGUUGCUGAGGUGAUGAAUCUGAUUGGUGAUGUCAAAGGAAAAGUUGCAGUCAUGGUGGAUGACAUGAUUGAUACUGCUGGGACUAUUACAAAAGGGGCAGCUCUGUUACAUCAAGAGGGGGCCAGGGAAGUCUAUGCCUGCUGUACUCAUGCUGUUUUUAGCCCUCCUGCAAUUGAGAGGCUGACAAGCGGCCUUUUUCAAGAGGUGAUCAUUACAAACACAAUUCCAACGCAGGAGAAAAACUACUUCCCCCAGUUGACUGUUCUUUCAGUAGCAAACCUGCUGGGAGAAACCAUCUGGCGUAUACAUGAUGAUUGUUCUGUGAGUAGCAUUUUUCUGUGAGUGAAGCUGGAUGAUUGAAGAAUAAAACGGCAAUAAUACCAUUUUAAUUAAAGCAUUUGAUUGUAGAACUGUUCAAAGCUCAUCUUGUACUAUAACCCACCGCACAUAGGAGAUCCAUUGCUUGAGGUGGGGAUAUGGUCAUGGUCAUGGUCAUUUUUUGUUGAAUGGGAGCCAAAUACAAAAAAAAAAACAGACUAGGGUUUCAGUCACUGAAA